CUCGUCCCUACCUACGUAUUCAGCUCGCUCUUUCGUCGUAACAUAGUAGGUGUAACCCCGCACACUCUCUUCCUUCUCUAAAGAGUUUGUUGGGGUUUCUAAACCCUUUCUCCUCGUCUUCUUCUUCAUUCAACCCUCAACCUCGCCUUUCGUUGCAUCUGAUACCCAACUCAUUCUUCUUCAUAACGCCCAUACACUUUUACAUUCGCUCUCAAAAUGCACUAUUUUCUAUAUGCCUUUGGAAGCAACGGCGAAAGCCAGCUCGGACUCGGUUUCACUUCAGAUGGAGAACAUGCGCCAACGCUUGUACCCGCCCCUCCGCCACGCGACAAUAUGUCUAUUCGCAAAAUCUGUGGCGGUGGCAACCACACUCUAGUUCUGGCCGACAACGAUAAAGUCUACGUCGCUGGGUUGAAUACAGAUGGGCAACUGGGGCACAUGUUGACCCAAAGGCCCUCUAAUCGCCAUGCAGCCCAUGACGAAAGGCUGAUUAAAUUUGACAAACGUUACCGCGAUAUCUCAUUCUGCGCUGCGACAGAGACCACGUCAGCAUACAUCCUCAAUGGGUGCUCUAAGCAGAACAAAUCCCCUACGCCAAUUCUGUAUACCGAAGGCCGCGGGCGGUUGGGCGAGCUCGGUCGUGGCGAGAUGGACAAAACCAAGGAUCAGUUCACCAUCAACGUCUUCGACAAGGAUACUCUGUCUACGCCAUUAGCUCAAUUCGAGAACUUGGGCAUAGUUAAUACACAUAUUAACACUCACCCGGAAGGCUUCAAAUUCCCCCGACAAGUCGUUGACUUCGCCGGAGGAACGUGGCACUAUGCGGCUGUCCUCGACAAUGGAGAUGUUUGGGGCUGGGGAAAGAACCGCAAUGGACAACUAGGCCCAUCUCAGUCAGAGACUUUGAUAUACCCAACCAACCUAUUAGGAAUCCCCUUCGAGGCCGACCGAGUUGUUUGCGGUAAAGAGUUCACCUACAUUGUCGGCAGAAAAAACGAAGGCUUCCAUUGCAUUCUUGGAAGUAAUAAGUUUCGAGAGAACAUGCCCGACUGCGUUCCACACUGGAAAGAUAUCGGCGCCACUUGGAACGCCGUUUUCGUCCUCUUCGAAGACGGCAGCCUUAUCGCAUUUGGGACAGAGAGACAAUGGAACCUGAUUCCACCAAAUCUCCCCUCGAUCGAUCAAAUCGCCAUAGGAAAUAGCCACGUCCUUGCCCUCACGGCCGCAGGCAAACUGAUAUCAUGGGGUUGGGGUUCCCACGGUAAUUGCGGGUACUUAGAUCCCAUCAAAUUCCCCGAAGGCAUCGUCUCAGGCACUUUUCACGAGAUCCAAUCCUCCCCACCAGGAGACAUUCGAAAGAUCUGGGCCGGAGCUUCAACAAGCUUCGUUCUGACUUCUUGCGAGUCUCCUAGUGUUGGUGAGCUGUAUCCUGAAUCUGAUAAUGAUGCUAAACAAGAUAUAGAGAAGGAUGUGGCAGAGAGCCAGACGAUGGAUGUUUAACCUAUUCCAUCCACUGAUCAACCCACAGGCACAGGGCUUUCAGCAGCUUGGUCACUCUUUAGAGCCAAACGAUGCGGAACAGAAUCCCGAACAAUCGAUGGCCGAGCAUUAAGACGAAGAUAAGGAAGUGGGGAUAUUUUGGUAAGCUGGCGUACGGACACUGGCAUUCGGUCGCUUGAUAGCAAGGACAUAAUUGCUGUCUGGAAUUCAACAUACGAAAUAUUACUAGUUGAUUAUAGGGUUGGCGCUCGGAGUUAUAUUGGUAACUGGCUUGGGUAUAGAUUGUAUUGGUACUGUCGCAUUAAUAGAGCAUCGCCCAACCGUGUUUUG